CAGCGGUGAGCUGAAGAGUCUCUGCGGCUCAGCUGUUUCUCAUCAUCUCGACACUUUUCAGCAAGUUUUCCGGAGGAUUUUUCUGAAUCGAUCUCCAGGGCGCUCUCAUCAUGGAUCUAAGCAUCACGAUGCUGAACGGGGCUUCCCGCACUCUGAGGCUGAACCCGCAGGACACGGUGCGUGACCUGAAACUCCUCAUCCAGACGAAGCUCGGAUUUCCCCCUCAGACCCAGAAACUGGUCUUUGUCAACGGCCAGAUGACUCCUCUCAGCGACGACUCAAAGCCCGUCACAUCGUACGGUCUGCAGUCUGGUUCCCAGGUGUCUCUGCUGAUCACCCAGCCGGCCACCAUCCAGGUGUUCGUCAAAAACGAGAAGGGGCAGGUGAACACCUACGAUAUCAAACCCGACGAGACCGUGGGGAACCUGAAGAGCAGGGUCCAGUGCAGGGAGGGGGUCGCGGUGAGCCAGCAGAGGCUGGUUUAUCAAAGCAAGGAGAUGGAGGACGGUCGUCGCCUUUCGGACUACAACGUGGAGGCACUGAGCACCAUCAACCUGCUGCUCCGCCUGAGAGGAGGCUGAGGACACUCAGGCUCAUGCUGUGCAUUCUUUUAUAUAAUAGAAAUGAAGCCAUGUUUCUUAUUUAUUUCUAUUUUCAUGUGGAAAAUCAACACAUUCCUCGACAUGUAACUUUGUUAUAUCUUAAGAACUUGUUCUGGCUUAAUAGAUUAGAUUAGAUACAAAUGUUAUACACACACACACACACACACAACACGGUGUCUUAAAUUUUUAUUCUCACAAAUACAUGUUUUAAUUAUGUUAACUGGGCAUUUAAAAAAAUAAAGAAAAAAUGAAAU